AGUUGACUCAUGGGGGAUUGUGAAUAGAUGGGCACAAAUAAUACCCCGUCGAAGAUAUUCAGUGGCUGGACCCAAUGCACUUUGGCAUAUUGAUGGUCACCACAAACUGAUUAGGUGGAAAUUAGUUAUUCAUGGUGUAAUAGAUGGAUAUUCAAGAUUGAUAACAUAUUUAAAAUGCAGUAACAAUAAUCGUUCUUCAACUGUAUUACAAUAUUUUAUUGAGGCAAAAAAUGAAUAUGGAUGUCCUAGUAGAGUUCGAGGAGAUCGUGGUGUUGAAAAUUACAAGGUAGCUGAAUGGAUGCUAGUCAAUAAAGAACAAAGAAAUUUUUUAAAUGUUGAAAACACAUUACAUCUGUUUUGUCUUCAUUAUGUGUAUAUUCCACAAAUAAAUAGAGCACUUGGUUUAUUUUCGAAUUCAUGGAACUAUCAUUCAAUUCGAACUGAAAACAAUUUGACACCUAGACAGCUCUUUAUUCGUGGCACAUUUCAAUCAGGUAUAGGUGAUUCUGUAAUUGAUGAUCAAUAUGGCAUAGAUUGGGAAGGACCAACUCCAGAAUUUGAAUCUGAUCAAAUAAAUGUCCAUAUUGACUCUUUAUUGAAUGAAGAACAACUUAGAAUAGUAAGCAAUUCAAUAGACCCCUUAAGAGAUGAUAAUAAUUAUGGAAUUUUCAUAUAUUUGGAUACUCUACAAUUUGUAUCAAAUUUGUUGAUUAAUAAUAUAUCAGAAUGA